UGCUACAGGCAACUGAGCGGCACCUUCCCCCAAAAUGAUGGAAAACGCCGUGUUUAUGUCAUUUACGUUCUACAGCACGAUCUUGAUUUUAAAAAUGUAUGUUGUUGCCAUCAUUACGGGACAAGUGAGACUCAGAAAGAAGGCAUUUGCAAACCCGGAGGACGCGCUGCGCAAUGGGGGGCUGCAGUACUACCGUGAGGACCCUGACGUGGAGCGGUGCCGCAGGGCCCACCGCAAUGACAUGGAGAAUAUCUUUCCCUUCCUCUUCCUCGGAGCCAUCUACUCCCUGCUGGAUCCCAGUCCUAUGGUGGCCAGGAUCCACUUCUUCAUCUUCUGCGUGGGGCGCAUCGUCCACACCAUUGCUUACCUCCUGCGGCUGAAGGCGCCCACACGCUCCGUGGCCUACAGCGUGGCACAGCUGCCCUGCUUCUCCAUGGCUCUGCAGAUUCUCCUGGCCACCACCCCGUACUGGUAACACCCAGCGAGACCGACCACCCAAAUCCCCUCGUCCUGUGCUCUGCUGGUUUCCCUGGCCGAAG